AUGCCAUUUGUCAAAGAUUUCGAGCCCGUCUCUCUAAGAGACACAAACCUGUUUGAACCAAUUAAGAUUGGUAACACCCUGCUCCCACACCGUGUGGUUAUGGCUCCAUUGACCAGAAUGAGGGCUACCCAUCCCGGUAAUGUUCCAAAUAAGGAGUGGGCCGCCGUGUAUUAUGGUCAGCGUGCGCAAAGGCCCGGUACCAUGAUCAUCACGGAAGGUACGUUUAUCUCCCCUCAAGCUGGUGGCUACGACAACGUCCCUGGGAUUUGGUCAGACGAGCAGGUCGCUGAGUGGAAAAAUAUCUUUCGGGCCAUCCAUGAUUGCCGGUCGUAUGCCUGGGUACAACUUUGGUCUCUAGGUUGGGCAUCCUUCCCAGACGUAUUGGCCAGAGACGGGCUACGCUAUGAUUGUGCGUCUGACACAGUGCAUAUAAAUGCCACGUUACAGGAAAAGGCCAAUGAGGUGAAUAAUCCCGAGCACAGCUUGACCAAAGAUGACAUUAAACAGUAUGUCAAGGAUUAUAUCCAUACUGCUAAGAAUUCUAUCGCAGCUGGCGCCGAUGGCGUAGAGAUUCAUAGCGCGAAUGGGUAUUUGUUGAAUCAGUUCUUGGAUCCACAUUCCAAUAAGAGGACCGACGAAUACGGUGGGACGAUUGAAAACAGGGCCCGCUUUACACUGGAGGUCGUCGAUGCUCUUAUCGAGGCUAUUGGCCCUGAACGGGUGGGUUUGAGGUUGUCGCCAUACGGUACUUUCAACAGUAUGUCUGGGGGUGCUGAACCAGAUAUUGUCGCCCAAUAUGCUUAUGUUUUGGGUGAAUUAGAGAAAAGGGCAAAAGCUGGUAACCGGUUGGCCUUUGUCCAUCUCGUCGAGCCUCGUGUCACGAACCCAUUGUUAGAUGAAGGCGAAGGGGAAUAUUAUGAGGGUACUAACGAUUUUGCCUACUCUAUCUGGAAGGGUCCUAUCAUUCGGGCCGGUAACUACUCUCUUCAUCCAGAAGUGGUUAGAGAACAAGUAAAGGAUCCCAGAACAUUGAUAGGCUAUGGUAGAUUCUUCAUCUCUAACCCAGACUUAGUUAGCCGUUUGGAAGAAGGCCUGCCAUUGAACAAAUAUGACAGAAGUACCUUCUACACCAUGUCCGCGGAAGGCUAUACUGACUACCCAACUUAUAACGAGGCGGUAGAAUUAGGCUGGGAUAAGAACUGA